AUGGUCUCUUAUGUUUUGGUUGUGAUCGGGCUUGUACUAAAGCAUGGCAGGUUUCGUGGCGUGACCGUGAUUACGAUCACUGUUGGCGAGUCCGAAGCUCAGUUCCAAGCCCACAAGGACCUCCUAUGCCAGAAAUCCCCAUUCUUCAACGGCGCCCUCACCUCUGAUUUUAAGGAGGCAGCCGAACACGCCAUCACCCUACCGGAAGACGAUCCAGAUACGUUUGAACGGUUUCUGCAAUGGGUAUAUUCAGGCACAUAUGUUCUGUCGGGGAUCGGGAGCGAUGAGGAGGUAGACGAGCGAUAUAUGCAGCUUGCACAGCUCUAUGUUCUUGCUGAUAAGCUUGAAGUACCCGCGCUGAAGCAUAACAUAAUCAACGAGAUGUUCCUCAUGAAGCUGAGCCCAGGCAAGCCUCCACAGGUCGAUGUCAUCUCAUACGUCUAUGAGAACACGCGGGUCCGGUCGCCACUGCGCCAGUUAAUAGUUGCGUGGCUGGUGUGGCAUGUCGAUUUUGAAUGGUAUAAGACGGCGAAUGCCAUGAAUUUCCUGCCUCAGUGUCCGGAAUUUGCAGCCGAUUUGGCGGUUGCUCUGGCACGGCGAUUUGUCGACUUUAAUAUGUUAGACCCAUUCACGGGAUCUCCGGAUAAUUUCUAUCACGAAGGGUCCGUGUUCCCAUAUGUACAGAGUCCCACGAGCGACAACCCGAAGCAUGCAAGGCUUGGGAGCACGAAGAAGCAGCCCUUGGCCAUCAAUACCAGUGCAACGCAGCAGUCGAACCCGGGGCUUCGGCCGAUGGCUAGCAUAAACACGAUUGCGGCGUCAGGAGUAGGCGGAUCGAGAAUUGGCAGUUCGAUGAGCUUAAGGACAUCGGAGCCUCUCAGGAGCCCUGGGUUAUUUUCUUCCGCAAGUUCUGAUACAGCUCAAACACCAACCCUUAGCAGUAGCCAGGGGUUCGGAUACGGAUCAGGCGCAGGAUCGUCGAGUGCAAGCUCGAAUGGCUUUGGUUAA